AUGGCGUCGGAACCUUAUACCGUCAGGUGGGGUAUUAUGGCAACUGGUGGAAUUGCCCAGACGUUCACCAAGGAUCUGCUUACCAACCCUGCAACACGCGAUGUCCACGACAUCGCGCACAAGCUGGUGGCUGUUGCUUCAUCCAGCUCCAAGGCCAGCGCCGAGAGCUUCCUGAGCAAGGUGAAGGCACCAGACGGAGUCAAGACGUACGGGUCGUACGCUGAACUUGUAGCCGACCCUGAUGUGGACAUUGUCUACGUCGCCACACCGCACUCUCACCAUUUCCAGAACGCCAUGCUUGCCCUAGAAGCCGGCAAGAAUGUCCUCUGCGAGAAGGCCUUCACUGUGACUGCUGCUCAGGCCAAGAAGCUGGUUGACAAGGCCAAGGCAAAGAACCUCUUUCUCAUGGAGGCAGUCUGGACCCGCUACUUCCCACUUAGCGUCAAGGUUCGGGAGAUGGUCCAGUCUGGUGUCAUCGGCCCCGUCUACAGAGUCAUUGCCGAUAACUCGUUCGGCAAGGAUGCACCAAACGGCCGGAUCGACUUCCCAGACGAGCACCGGAUGGUGAAUCCGGAUUUGGCCGGAGGCGCUUUGCUGGAUCUGGGCAUCUACUCACUGACAUGGCUCUUCCAGAUCCUGUAUCAUUGUCAGCCGGAGAGCGAAAAGGAGAAGCCUAACGUUGUCGGGGCAAUCAACAAGUAUACGACGGGCGCGGAUGAGAUGACGACGGUUGUCGUGCAAUUCCCAAAGCACAAGAGCAUGGGAGUUGGAAUGACAUGCCUGCGUAUUAACACUGACACGGAUGGUCACAACAGUGGCGGGCCGGCAAUCAAGAUCCAGGGACCCCUCGGAGAAAUCCAGGUUAUGGGCCCGGCGUUUAAGCCACUGCAGUAUCGAGUGGUUAAGUCAGAUUGUAAUGGAAAGGUGGAGGUCAUUGACUGUCCGAUUCCUCAGGACAAAGAGCGUAACUGGGGCCACGGCAUGUUCUGGGAAGCCGACGAGUGCGCCAGAUGUCUCCGCGACGGAAAGAAAGAAAGUGCUACGUUGCCCCUGUCGGAAAGUAUUGUGAUCAUGGAGGUCAUGGAGGAGGUCCUAAAGCAGGGAGACGUCAAGUACCCCGACCUCAUCACGACAGAUGUGUACGACCCGAAGAGCCCGCUGAACACGGGUAAUCAGACGCUGGAAUCCGAACCCGACAUCGCAAGGCCAAUGGCUCUAUCAGAAGCAUCGUCUUCUCGCUGCCAAUGGCAUCAGUCUACCCAUGGCGUGUGGGAACGGGACAUUGAUGAAUGCGAAGAGUUCUACAGGCGCUCAGCACGGGGAGACGACGGCUGCUAUCCGCUCACAGGCUUUGCCACCUUUGUCGCUGUUAGUAUAGCUGAUGGCGCUGAUCGUCGGAUAGAGGCUGCCUUUCGAAAUGCGUGGGUCCGACUGCGCUACGAACAUCCCACAUUAGGCUCUCACAUCGAAGACAAGGCGCUUGGCGGAUCGAAGAGGGUUUAUUCGUCAUUCGAAGACGCCAGCCAAGAGGAGGAAUGGUUGCAGUCCACAUUCAAGAUUGUUCACACUGACGGCGGAGCACUUGAGUGGUUUAACAACAGUUCACCGACGUUCAAAACUCCUACCCUCUUUCUGGUCAAGGCUAAGGCUGAGCUUGGCCAGACUGCCUUUCUCCGGUGUCCUCACGAUCUCACUGAUGGUGUUGGUAUUUUGCAUCUAGUCGACCAUUUGUUCCAUCAUGCUGCCGUGGCAUACGAACAAGGAGCUAAAUAUGCAGCACUACGAUGGGGAGAGGAACAGAUAAGGCUUUCCCCGUGCCUCCGUCUAGCCGCCCGGAUUCCCAAUAUCUUGUCUGAGGCUCAGACCAAACGCUUACACCAGAUCCAGAAGGAGAAUGCCACCAUCUACACGCAACAACGCCUUCUUGGUCUCCCCUCCAGCGCUGGUGCGGGAUCUACCUCUCGGAUCCAAUAUCUCCCUCACUACCUUCCCAAGGAUGUGACCGACCUGAUUCUGCGCGGGUGUAAAGUCAUUGGCCCCGGCGUGAGCGUCACACACGUUUUUACGGCGGCUUUGGCAUUGGCUCUGGCCGACAUGCAGCUUCGCGAGGAUGACGCUUACACUGUCCGCUAUGCCAACCAGAGCAUGAUCAACCUUCGUCCGUACUGCGAGCCACCCUAUAAUACAUCUAGUCAUGUCGCUGCCGCGUAUCACACCGUCUCCGCUCAGGCUCUUGGAAUAGAUCUGAUCGUGCCGAGCAAGAGCGGCAAGACAAAAGCAGACGGCCUACCCCAAAUUGCAACCUCAGUCAGAGAUUUCUUCAAAACAAUACGUCCAGCUUGCCUCGAAGAUGACCAAGUCACAUUGAGCCCAUCGGUUUUCAAGUCCAUCACCCCAGCUCCAGGUGCAAACCCGCAUGCUGUGUCAGACGGAAACUUUUGCCCGGUGGCUCUAUCGUCCGUUGGCAAUAUAGACAACGUGGUUAAGGCAAAGUAUGGAGCUUUUGAACUGACCAAGGUCGCAGCUGCCAGUGAACCGAUCGGUUCCGGCGUGGCACUAUUCCUUGGCUCUUGGGGCGCACAGUUAAGCCUGUUCGCCGUGUUUGACUCACGGCAUCACGACACCGGAUACGUGGAGAAGUUUAUGGACCGGGUUUGGGGACCCGACGAUGCAAAAGUCCCGAACGAUGCCCCAUCCAAUAAGCUUGUUUCGGGAGCUUGCAGCACGCUCAGACACCAGAGAAACCCUUGGAGCCAAGGAUCCUAUUUGGUCGGUGACACGGCCUAUUCGAACCGGCUUCCUGGGACGGCAAUUCGAGUGGGCGAGCUGCAGGACGGCGACGUCUGCCGCGUCUGCGCAAGCGAAGAAACGAGAAGCGAGACGAGGUGCAAGCCCAAAACGCGAUCCGCGGCCGCAGAAGGAGGUUGCAACGAACCUUAUCAACAAGACGACGGCUGCAUGACGCUGUCUGCGAGCCCAUCUCCAGCCCGCCCAAACCCAUCCUCCCAGAUCCAGCAGUGCUGCCGCGUCGCCAGCAUGCCCCAGGCACCCCAGGCCGCCAUGCAGCUGCACGACGAGAGGCCAACGCCGUAG